GAUCUUCACGUUUGCAUGCCGUGCUGGGAAAUCUUCUCGACGACACCCGCAAAGCUUCCAAUGCGCACCCUCACCGCGCGCGCUGACGGUUCCGAUGGAGGAUGAACGCGCCUUGGAUGCGGCAUUGACGGACGGCGCGCCGACUUCCCACGUAGCACCAUCAGCACACGGGCCUUCUGAUGCAGCCGGUCACGAGGCUGCGAACAACCAGCACGCCAGCGUCGCCAGUGCCAGCGCCAGCGCCAGCCGCCGCCGUGGCAGCAGCAACCACCACCACCGCCCCCAGUCCGCAAGUGAUGCGCCCGCGCCGCCUCCCGCCGGCCAUGCAGCAGCCCACCUGCCCUUCGUAGCCCCCGCCGACCUGCUCCGUCCCCAUUUCCGGCCCAUCAGCAGCCAAGCCUCCCGCACUCGAGCUGGCACCGCGAACAGCGCUCCGGAGCCCUCACCCAUGCAUCCUCAAGACCGCGAGCAGAUCGAGGGCUUGCGCGCUGUGCGAGCCUUUCUCAAGGUCCGCACGAGCUACGAUGUGCUGCCGCUCAGCUAUCGUCUCAUCAUCUUCGACACCAGUCUGCUGGUGAAGAAGAGCCUCAACAUCCUCACACAAUGCGCCAUCGUUUCUGCGCCGUUAUGGGAUUCGAAGACGUCGGCCUUUGCCGGCAUGCUGACAGUGUCCGAUUACAUCAACGUUGUGCAAUACUACUGGCAGCACCAAGAAGAACUGUCUCGUAUUGACAAGUUCAAGCUCAGCAGUCUCCGCGAUAUUGAACGAGCCAUCGGUGUGGACCCUAUUGAGACUGUCUCGAUCCAUCCACUAGAGCCUCUCUACGAAGCCUGCCGCCGAAUGCUCGCGUCGCGCGCUCGCCGAAUACCUCUGAUCGACAUCGAUGACGAGACACAGCGAGAGAUGGUGGUCAGCGUGGUCACCCAAUACCGCAUCCUCAAAUUUAUUUCCGUGAACGUGAAGGAGACGCAAAUGUUGAGAAAGCCAUUGCGGGAUCUGAAAGUGGGGACGAGAGAGAAUCUGGCAACUGCCACAAUGGACACUCCAGUGAUGGACUGCAUCCAGAUGCUGGUCAAGAGGAACAUCUCCACUAUUCCCAUCCUGGACAAGGAUGGCACUGUGCUGAACGUCUUCGAAUCUGUAGACGUCAUCGCGCUCAUCAAAGGCGGAGACUAUGAGAACCUCAACUUGACCGCCGGACAGGCAUUGGAUAAGAGGUCGGACGAUUUCCCAGGCAUCUACACAUGCACGCUGAACGAUCGCAUGGAUACGAUAUAUGACACGGUUCGCAAGUCGAGAGUCCACAGAUUGGUCAUCAUCGACGAACACACGAAAUUAAAGGGCCUUUUGUCUCUGAGUGAUAUUCUGGAUUAUACACUCAACAGUCCGCUUGGUGAUGGCGACGACUAGGAGACGUUCCCACCACCGGCGGGCACGACAGGAGCUCCAGGAAGCAAUUCUCGCAGACGGUUGCAGGCGAGGUCGGAAGAUGAGAGGUCUGCGGAGGAGAUAGCGCAGGAAGUUGUGAAGACGAGCAUCCCGCAGAACAAGCUGUUGGAGAAAGUCAGAAACAGACAUGAUUCAUUGCAGCAAACAGCGACGACAAUAACGACGAAGGUGGAGGAGGCCACGACUAGCAGCAGCGGCUUUGGCACAACAGCCACAGAUGCGAGAUGAUGAGACGAUGGAUGUAACGCCAUGAUAUACCCCGCAUGCCGCAUUUUUGGGAGAUGACCUGGUUGUUGUCGUUGUUGCUCCAUGUUUUGCAUGCGUCGCGAGUGGCUGGGCCUGCGAGGUUAUAGAUCCCGGCUGGAACUGUGGCUAGCUUACCAUAGAGGGUGCAAAGAGCAUGAUAGAGCGGUACGAAAGCAUACGAGCAACCGAGUCCCUGUCUUCCGUACGGUUCAACACGUCGACAGUGAGCACACAUGGACUUGCCAAUAUGUGAGAUCAUUAGGAAUGUCAAUAAGGAAAGGGCCC